ACGUCACUGUCAAUAUUUCGUCGACAAAGAAACGCUCGUCCUCUUUCCUUCCUCUCCCAAGCACUACCUACCUACGACUACGUACUUCAAGAUGGCGGACAAAUACAUGCUCAGAGUGACUGCCGGCUCAGACUAUGACGAGACCAACCAAAAGCUAGUCCACGUCAACACCGAGCAGCCGAUCAAAAUCUCAAAUUCCAAGCUCGAUGCCUCCCUCACCGUCCGUGUUCAAAACUACCGCGGCGAACCCGUCAACUCCCCUUCAUCUUGCGCCUACUUCAAUGCCGACCCUCAUAAAUCAGACCUUUACAGCAUUUCCUUCUCCUUCACGCCUAAGAAGGACAUCAACGGCCAUGACUUGGUCUUCGGAAACGACUUCGACCAUCCCAUCAAGGACAAGCUGCCACCAGGCUUCGGACAGGCAAUGAAGAUUGCUCAGUGGUUCAUCGACCCUGGGCUCUAUGGCGAUGCUUACGCCGACGAGCCGUAUUUGUAUGGACCAUUCCUCAGUUCGAUCAACACGUUGAGAGUCGGAGAAAAGAAGGAGCCUACCGAGAUGAAAGGAAGCGAAGACAAGCCCAUUGUGGUAUCUGAGGGUGCCGACGGCGACGGUGUUGAAGCCAGAAAGAAGGCUGGUUUGCCUGAUGAAGCAAACGCUCGCAAGAAGCACUUCUUGAAGGAGCAGCACCUGAAGGACUUUACCUUUGAGGAGGGAAGAAACUACAGCUGUGAUUUUUUCAACCCCUACCUGGACUUCAAUGACUUUGCGCUCAAGCUGCCUGGCUUCAGCUACAUCCCUGGCAUCACCAUCCCCAUCAUCAGCUACUGGGAUGGCCAACCUCUGAGGUCGCAUGCACUUAGAUAUGUUCUCAAGGACAGAAGCACCAACGAAGUCCUUUUCGUCAUCAUCUUCACACUCCUGCCACGCCACAGUGAGGGUAAGAAAGAGGAAGCCAAGAAGGAAGGCAAGGCUGGCCAGAACGACGAAGAUCUGGAUUAGAGACGAUCAGGAUAGAUUAGAUGAUAGACGAUACCCCCGAAUGCACAUACUCUUCUCA